AUGACGAAGUCAAAGAGAGGUAUCAAGGCAGAGCCGGGAUUCCAUGCAUCGGUGUCGCCGACUGCCACUUUGAGCGGAUCUCCCGUUCAGCAGCAGAGAAGCCAGGCUCCUCCGAGCACCUACUCAUCAGCAGCGGAUGCAUCCCAAGUGUUUCCCAGAUCCAACGCUCCUCCCCCCUCCAAUAAACCGCCUAUGAGCUUGGCGACCCGGUCCGUCCGUACUGCCAUGACGAACCCCACUGUGGAUGAUAGUGAACCCGUCCUGAUGCAAGUGAGGAACCGCGAGAUGGCAAGCCCUUUGGGAGGCACCCAGAUGGACUCCUCGUUCUUCGAUGGCUCCUUCCGCGACAUUGGCGCAAAGCUCAAGGUCUUCAAUGACACUCUUGGUGAACUCCAGCAGAUUGGUGUUUCUCACGAUGUCGCUCUCCCCCAACUCGUCUUAGUUGGUGACCAGUCCGCUGGCAAGAGCAGCUUAAUGUCCGGACUUGCUGGUCUCAACCUUCCUCGCAGUGACGGAGUCUGCACUCGCUGCCCUAUCCACAUUCGCGUUUCUCGUAGCAUGGCCAUGGAUCGUGGCGGUCCCGAGUGGUCGUGCCGUGUAUCACUCCAACAGGAUUACGCUUUCUGCCCCCCUGGUGACUACGAGAUUACCAAGGCCGACGUCACCUCUCAGAACCCCUUCCCGCCUUGGGUCAAGCAACCUCGCGUUGUGAAGGAGUUCAUGACUAUUUACGAUCAAUCCGACAUUGACACAGUCCUCCGAUGGGCCCAGAUCGCCAUCCUCAACCAUGACCAGAACCACGAACUCUAUAUUCCCGGCACCGGCGCAAUCACCAAGCAACGUCUGCUGGACGAGGAGGCGGAGAGAACGGCUGCCAAGUUCAGCCCCAACACAGUAGCCCUCGAGAUCAAGGGUCCCGACCUGCCCGAUCUCUCUUUCUACGACAUGCCGGGCAUCUUCCGCAACUCAGCACGGGAGGAGGAAGAGUAUCUCGUCUCUGUCGUAGAGAAUUUGGCUCGUGAGUACAUCUCUCAUGAAGGCGCCCUCAUCAUCUGGGCCGUCCCAAUGAACGUGGAUCCCGAGACCUCGUCUACUCUCUCAAUCAUUCGCGAUCUCAGAGCCCAGCAACGCACCAUUGGUGUGAUGACUAAGGCGGACCUACUCCCCGAGGGCAACUACGCCCAAUGGCUAUCCAUGUUGAGCGGAGAGCGCCACAGAAUUGGCCACGAAUUCUUCAUCACUUCGCGCCCAUCCGACCGCAAGCUUGAUGAGCAGCAGCAGUGGGAAGAGGCUUACUUUCAAAAUGGCUCUAGUGAACGUUGGCCUGAGGAGUUUCACCCCUUCCGCGACAGAUGCGGUGUUGAGAAGCUCAAGACAGCCCUCUCUGAGAAGUUGGGCAAGGAGUUUGCCAAGAACCUCCCAUCGAUCAAGCAGAAGGUCGUGACUCGCGUGCGCGAGAUCGAAGCGGAGCUCAGCACACUUCCCGAACUGCCUAGCAACGUCGAGCUAGAAGUCCGUAAGAGUUUGAUGAACUUUUCGAGCAUUGUCAAGGAGACUCUUCGCGGCAGAGAAUUCUCUUCUAACUACGGAGGCCUAUCUGAGGCUUUUCGGGACUGUGUCUUGCAGAUGAAGCCUAAGUUCAUCUUGAAAGAUCAGUCUGAUGUCCCUAUCUUGGAGAUCUCGGACGACGAGGACGAUUCGACGAGCACUGUCACACCUAGCAACAGGAAGCGCGGAGCCAACGGACAGGGCAAUGCGAGCGCCAAGAGACCUCGCCCCAGCGUCAAUGGCGGUGGUUCAUUCUCCGCCGCUAUCAAAACUGAAGACGGCGGUUCUACGCCGUCGACACCCUCCCGUCGACGACCCAUCCCCCCUUCUCAGCUUGCCCCUGCGUUCCAGCAGUAUGCCAGAUGUGGUGCUGGCUUCCGUACUCUCCGCCAAAUCAGCGAGGAUAUCAGAGCCAAGACCAAAGCUGGCAGGCCCAGCAUUGUCCCCGAUGAGGUUUACGAGGAUUUGUGCAAACAGGCCGUGAAGGCUUGGAAUCAGCCUAUGGCAACCUUUCUGCAGGAGACAAUGACCCGACUGCAAAGCAUCGUUAACUACGCAUUGGACCAAGCUUUCGGAUCGUUGAAGAGACGCCUGAUCUUCAAGGAGUCCAAGAACCUCAUGGCCCAGUUCCUCGAGGAACGCCGUGCAGAGGCUCUGGAGUUCCUCAACGACAUUUACGCCAUGGAGACUUUCCAACUUUUCACAGUAAACAAGAAGGCCUUUGAGGAGUACGAGCGCUCCGAGCUCCGAGUGCUUACACGCUAUCGCCAUGUUAUGCGCUGGCAGGCGUUCUCUGGAGAGGCUACCAAAUUCCACGACUGGGAUGAGAUGACGCCUGACCAGCGUUCCCAGGAGGAGAAGAAGCAUGCCAGCGAGCUCGCGAAGAUGGGCGCGGAUACCUUCGAUAAGGAACUGAAGGUCGCAGCUUAUGUUCGCGGCUACUACAUACUCUCUGCUCUUCGCUUCGCCGACACGGUGUCUCUCUCGGUCACGUCUCGUAUGAUGCCCAAGAUCAUCCAGCAGCUCGACUUCUUCUUGGAGGGGCAACUUGGUCUAGUAGGGGCCAACGAUGGAACCGUCUUCUCGCGUUUGAUGGAAGAGGACGAUGCCACCGCCAGAAAGAGGGAGCGGCUGAGAGGCGAGCUCGAGAAGUUCAAGAAGGCCUUGCAGAGCAUCACCAACAACGAGUUGGAAGUCGUCUCUGGCCCAGCUUCGCAAGAUACGCCUUACGAGCCGUACGAGGAGUCUGUCGUCGAAGACAUGGAAGUCGACGGAGCUUAG